GCAGAGCGACUUAUUUCGGCGAGGAGCUAUUUCUCGCAACAGUGGCGGUGACAUGUUGAGCGGGCGGCCAGCUCCCACAAAAUGACGGACUCUGCUCAAAUGGAGGCGAUAGAGAAGGAGUACCGGGACAUAGAGGAGUCCGGGGCGUGGAACCAGGUGUACCAGAGAAUACGUGAUGAAGGAACGUUUGACCUGCCGUGUACAGAAGCCAGAAAAUCUUCUAACAAGAACCUGAAUCGCUACAGAGAUGUCCUUCCUUAUGACCACACCAGAAUAGUUCUCACAGACACCAACACAAAUUAUAUAAAUGCAUCUCUUGUAAAGGCGGAGUGUGUGAACCGGUCAUAUGUUCUUGCGCAGGGGCCAUUGUCACACACAACUCCGCAUUUCUGGCUCAUGAUAUGGCAACAGAAAAUUAAAGGUAUAAUCAUGCUCAACAAAAUAAUUGAAAAGAAUCAGAUAAAGUGUCAUCAGUACUGGCCCCUUGGGGAGAGUGAAGGGGGUGAAGACUCUAUUUCGUUUUCAACUGUUGGCCUCAAGGUGGAUCUCCUCAAUGUUUCUCGGCAUACCCACUACAACUAUAGUACUUUAAGGUUAACAAAAACAACAUCGGGUGAGAACCGCUUGAUAUUGCAUUUUCACUACACAACGUGGCCAGAUUUUGGUGUUCCUCAGUCUCCUGAAGCAUUUUACAAGUUCCUAAAUGUUGUAAGAGCAAGUGGUGUGCUGGAGCCUGAUGUUGGCCCAGUGGUGGUCCACUGCUCCGCAGGCAUCGGCCGUUCAGGAACCUUCUGUCUUGUGGACACCAUUCUCAUGAUGCUGGCCAAAGGCUUGUGUGGCUCUGGUCAAGGCAAGGUGGUUGAUAUGUUACUGGACAUGAGGAGGCAGCGCAUGGGCCUCAUACAGACACAUGACCAGCUGAGAUUUUCAUAUCAAGCAAUCGUUUACGGUGCACACAAGCUCAGUGAAGUGAAUGGAAAAGAUCCUUGCGAAGAAAGCAGCAGUGAGGAACCUUCUUUAGCAGACGAGCUACCGCCUCAACCCCCACCUCGCACAGACUCCCUCACACGGUCCAUGAUAGAGAGCCAACUGACACACGAACUCCAGGAUGGCAAUGGCACAGACACAGCACCUGAGGAUGAUGAAGAGGACUUUGAAGAGGACAGCAGAGGAAGUGCCCCAGGAAGACCUCUCCCUGAGCCCCCUGGGUCAGAUGGCUCAGGCCCAGACACUUCCUUGCCUCCCAGCCCCGAGCACAACAAUGCCACAUGGAAUGAAACUGAACUACGGAAACGAAAGCGGCAAGAACUGAAGGUGGCAACAGCAGCUAAAGUGAAGGCCAUGCAGGAGCGGCAACGAACCACCGAGCUGUGGCAUGAAAGAAAGAGGAUUGCCUUCCCUGGUUGUAGUGCUGCCUCCUGGCAGACACUCAUGCCUUUGGUCUGUUGACUUUCUGUCCAGCACAGACGAGGCGGAGGAGACUUCGACUAAACGGGUUCGCUUGUAACACUGACAUAUGAACUGUUGAAUGUGAUGGUUACACUGAUCCAUAAAACAGAUUACAGCAUUUAAGUUUCUCAAGUGCAUGAACAAAACUCUAACGAAAAUUCCUUGAAUACUGUAUCCUCUCAACUCUGAGUAAAGAGUUUUGAAAUAUUUAGAUUUGACACUUGUAUAAUGUGUACUACAGUUGUUCAGCCACUAAAAUCUAUCUGAAGUCUUUAUACCACUGAUCUGAUCUAUCAUUAGUACUUGCAACCUCUGAGGGUAAUGUAGGAGUGUCAUAAAUUUGUAAGUAGCGUAAUGCAGGGUGGUCCAACUACGGCCCUGCUGGCUACAAAUGGCCACAGAUUGAUUUUUUGAGGCCUGUAAGUACUGAUAUUAAUCUAUUGAUUUAUUCUAAAAAAAAGUAAAAUAUCUGCAACUCUAAGCCUUUGUAGUAUGUGAAAUAAUAAUAGAAAGACUGUCAGUCUGCCCCUGUACUAAUGUUAGGCCUCAUAGCCUCUAACACUGCCCUUCACAGUGAACAUAGGCAAGAAAAGAGAGCUCUAGGGGUUAACAAAGUGUUCAACCUGUUAGCUGCAUCAGCCACCAUUGGGCCAUUCCUGAGAAGGUGACAAACACCCACAAGUACCCAGACCUACUUCCCAAUGUGAAUCAGGUUGUAAAUAAAUGAAUUACCUGUUAACCUUUACUCACCAUCUCAUAAGUCAGUCAUUGGGCAAUCACAGUGAAGGCUGGAAAGUUGGGUUUAUAAGGAAAGAGUCACAGGGAAAUUAAUGGUUUGAAAAAAAUACCACACAACUGGUUAAUAUAAAAUGUAAGGAAUUUAUUUUUCAUAUACAAUAAUGGAAAACUAUCAUGUCUUGUAUGUCAACAGACAGUUUCUGUGAUUAAAAAAUAAAAUGUCAGGUAGCAUUAUUAGAAUGCACAGCACACAAUAUAUCCAAUAUGUGAGAAAAUCCUGCAGAGAUAUUUUCAUAAACUUGUGAUUAAAAAAUCUGAUUAAAGAAUCCCCCUGAGCUAUGUAGCCCAGACCAUCCAACUCUGCUAGGGAUGUAAGAGAGCACUACCACUCUCCUCAUGAAGUUGCUGUGAGCUGGGAUCAAAUUUGCAACCUGUUGGUUGUGAGCCAAGCAACGUAUUCACAAAGCCACCUGGACUGCCAUCAACCAAAGAGCAAACAUUAGACACAGGAGACACUAAGUAACUUGGGAAAAACUCAAACAGCAAGCCGUGUAGCAUCAUUUGAAGCUGUUUGAUGUUUGAGAAAAUUGUGAAAUACAGAAAAUAAUUUAUGAAUGGAGAAUUGACAAAAUAGUGUGCACAAGUGUCUAGGAAAAAAAGUUGCCAGAAAAUUUGGAAGUUUUAUUAUCUCAUCAAACAGUUUUAAAAAGAGUAAAUGAACUUAAUGAAUAUGUUUCUUAUUAAUAAUGAAAGAUAGAAUGAAACGCUACAAAUUUUUUUUCUAUUUUAGACCAGAGUACAGGCACCAUCCAGAUUCUCAUUCCCCCAUGUAGUGUAGAUGAGGGUUUCAAAGGACAAGAAGAACUGGCCAGGGUUUAACCUCUUAAGUGGUGGUGUAAAAGUUUCAGAUAUUUUUGUUGCUCUCGAGUACAAUGUUCCUAUGUUGUAACAUGGUGAAAGAGCUGUGUCCUGCAGUAACGCUGGGUUAAUUGGCUCAUGAAGUAAACUACAGUUGAUUGUAUGACACUGCAUGACAACAAUAAAUGUGUCUCUGACUUGACACUGCCAAUAUCAGAAUCAAUAUGGAGACUGGUAAAAGAAAAGUCUCAACCUCAUUAGUAGGUAAAAAUAUGACUAGCAUUAUUACUGUAUAAUUUCAAAGCCUUAACAAAUAUAUAUAUAUAUA